CAAAAAUAAUGCUUCAUUGAUUAACCUGUAUACCUAAUAUAGCUGAUGUUAUAUCUUAUAUCGUAUAUUCUUACUAUCGUGAAUCGUGAUGUCGAUAGCAGAUUGAAGACGUUUUCGACGAUUCGACGAUUCGACUAUUUCGAGUAUUUCGACUAUUCUGUAGUCACUAGUCACUAGUCAGUACUUAAGUGUUCAGUAGUUACAGACUCACAGCUUACAGGACGCACAGUACAGUAGGAUACCUUCUACCUAGCAAUAAGUUUGAUUAUUGUUCAUAUUUAAGCGGGUCUUGCAUUGAAUUAUUAAUUUAAAAUGGCUAGUGAAGAAUACACUGGUAAACCAUACAAAAUAAUUGAUUCAAAACGUGAACACAAAAUUGGUAUUGUAGCAACUUCAUUGUCUGAUUUUAUGACUAAAGCUCAACAAAAACUUAAUAUAAAUGAAAAUGAACCCAUUAAAGUUGUUCUUGAAUCUGAUGGCACUGAAAUUGAUGAAGAAGACUAUUUUGAMACAUUGGAAACGAACACAUUAAUUAUGAUUUUAAAAUCUGACCAAAAAUGGGCCCCAUAUGAUAUAAGGUAUACCAAAUUAUUAAUAUUUUUAUUUUAUUUCAAUGUAUAAGUGGUGGAAUAU